ACAGUAAUGUGUGUGGUGUUGGCGGGAACCAGCGACCGUCAACUUUUUCCACUAUAAGUACUGGAGCCACCUACUCUCACUCGCAAAUUCAUUCGUCUCCAUCUCUUUUGUUUUUGCUUUCCAGACACUUUCCAUGGACUCAACAAAUGAAAUAGAGGCUCCACAAGAUAUGCUGCUGGAUAUGGAAAUCACAUCCUUCUUUGACUCAGCUCCUCCUCUAAAGGAUGGGAUUGAUAUAGAUAGAAAGAUAACUGAGUUUAUUGAAAGGCAUUCUCCACUAUCAGGAAAUUCAGGAGAGAGAAGAAUUGUAUGUGUGACAUCUGGUGGUACCACAGUUCCUCUGGAGCGACGAUGUGUUCGCUUCAUUGAUAACUUCAGCUCUGGCCAUAGAGGAGCAGCAUCAACAGAGUAUUUUUUGAAGGCUGGAUAUGGUGUUAUUUUUCUCUAUCGAAGGGGAUCCUGCCAGCCAUAUUGCAGAUCCCUCCCUGAUGAUCCAUUCCUUGAAUGUUUUGAGUUCACCCAAGAGUCCAAUGUUCAAGUUAGUGAGUCACAUUUUGAAGUGGUGAAGAAGGCCAUCAGUAAUCAUCAUGCUGCAAUAGCGGAAGGCAUGUUGUUGAAACUUCCCUAUACAACCAUAUUUGAGUAUCUUCAGAUUUUACACAAGAUUGCAGUACCAAUGAGGACUCUAGGAGGACGAGGAAUGUUUUAUCUUGCAGCUGCAGUAUCAGACUUUUAUGUUCCAUGGAACAGCAUGGCAGAACACAAGAUUCAGUCAGCAUCUGGCCCGUUAGAUAUGCGGCUCGUUCAAGUACCAAAAAUGCUCUCAAUGCUGAGGAAAAUAUGGGCUCCCUUGGCCCUCUGCAUAUCAUUCAAGCUGGAGACAGAUUCAAAUAUCCUUUUACAAAAGGCUGAUAUGGCUCUUCAGAAGUACAAGAUGCAUGCUGUAGUAGCAAAUGAGCUUUCAACUCGUAAAGAUGAGGUUGUGGUUGUUACAAGUAAUGAAAGGAUAUCUGUUAAACGGGACAAGGCUGUGGCUGGUGAUGAUGUUGAGAAUCAUCUGGUCAAACUCCUUGUUGAUAGGCAUUCACUCUAUAUUAAAGCUGGCCCAGACCAUGGUGCCUGAAAGCUUACUUGAAAGGCGGAUUUUUCUUAAACAAACAAUAAAGGCACCUAAAACAAUAUUAAACCAAGUCACAGGGUGGGUUCAAUGGGAACAUGGUGCAACUUUUCUUUCUUGAAGUACCUUUUGUCGAGAAGAACAACUUGUAUGCUGCACAAAGUCACAUACAUUUGAGGACAAUUUUGUUGUAUGUUGUACAAAAGUCUCACUUCGAGCUUUAUAAGUCAAGGACAAAUUUUCAUUCA